AGAAAUUCAAAUUCUCUGUUUCAAUCGCAAUUCAAAUUUCAAAUGGGGAAACCAACGGGGAAGAAGAAGAAUAACUCCGAGAUCCCACCGACGGAUUCUUCCUCCAGCGGCGGAGGUAAGACCGGAAAAAGCUUCGAUCGAUCAACAACCAAAUCAUUCGACAACGAUAUGACAAUCUUCAUAGACCGAGCAUUGGAGCUUAAAGAAGAAGGCAACAAAUUAUUCCAGAAACGUGAUAACGAAGGAGCAAUGUUUAGGUAUGAUAAAGCCGUUAAGCUAUUACCUAGAGAUCAUGGAGAUGUAGCUUAUUUAAGAACAAGUAUGGCUUCUUGUUAUAUGCAAAUGGGAUUAGGAGAGUAUCCUAAUGCGAUUAACGAAUGUAAUUUGGCUUUAGAAGCUUCUCCUAGGUUUAGUAAAGCUUUGUUGAAACGAGCUCGUUGUUAUGAGGCUUUGAAUAAAUUGGAUUUCGCGUUUCGGGAUUCGCGCGUUGUUUUGAAUAUGGAGCCUGAGAAUGUUUCUGCUAAUGAGAUUUUUGAGAGGGUGAAGAAGGUUUUGGUUGGUAAAGGGAUUGAUGUUGAGGAGAUGGAGAGGAAUUUGGUUAAUGUUCAGCCUGUUGGUGCCGCGAGGUUGAGGAAGAUUGUUAAGGAGAGGUUGAGGAAGAAGAAGAAGAAGACGAUGACGACGACGAAUGGUGGAAAUGAUGGUGAAAGGAAUAGUGUUGAAGCUGUUGUUGAGGAUGCGAAAGUUGAGAAUGGAGAGGAAGCUGAUAGCGGGAAGAAAGGUGUUGAUUCGAAAGAGAAAAGGAAGGUAGAGGAUAAGGUUGUGGUUGAGGAAAAGAAAGUGAGUCCUGUCAUGGAUAAAGAGGUUAUUGCUUCAGAGAUUGUCGAAAGCGUUAAGGAAGACGCAACAGUGACUAGGACAGUGAAGUUGGUUCAUGGGGAUGAUAUACGGUGGGCACAAUUGCCGUUGGAUUCUAGUGUUAGACUUGUAAGAGACGUGAUCAGGGAUCGGUUUCCUGCUCUGAAGGGUUUCCUGAUCAAAUAUAGGGACUCAGAGGGUGAUUUGGUUACCAUUACUACGACAGAUGAGUUGAGGCUGGCUGCAUCUACUAGGGAGAAACUGGGCUCCUUUAGAUUGUAUAUUGCUGAAGUUAGCCCCAAUCAAGAACCAACUUAUGAUGUCAUCGAAAAUGAUGAAUCAACUGAUAAGUUUGCCAAGGGAUCGAGUAGUGUUGCUGAUAAUGGAAGCGUCGGAGACUAUGUGGAAUCUGAGAAAGCAUCUACCACCCUUGAGCACUGGAUUUUCCAGUUCGCGCAACUGUUUAAGAACCAUGUCGGGUUUGAUUCUGAUUCUUACUUGGAACUUCAUAACCUUGGGAUGAAACUGUAUACAGAAGCAAUGGAAGAUAUUGUCACUGGCGAAGAUGCGCAACAACUCUUUGAUAUUGCUGCUGAUAAGUUUCAAGAAAUGGCUGCGCUUGCAAUGUUUAACUGGGGGAAUGUUCAUAUGUCCAAGGCAAGAAGGCAGAUAUAUUUUCCCGAGGAUGGUUCAAGAGAAACUAUACUAGAGAAAGUUGAGGCCGGAUUUGAGUGGGCAAAGAACGAGUACAACAAAGCUGCAGAAAAAUACGAAGGCGCGAUUAAAAUUAAAUCUGAUUUCUAUGAAGCUCUUCUAGCACUCGGGCAACAACAAUUUGAACAGGCUAAGCUUUGCUGGUAUCAUGCAUUGAGUGGCGAGAUAGAUAUAGAAAGCGAUGUUUCCCAGGAUGUACUAAAGCUCUAUAACAAAGCUGAGGAGAGCAUGGAAAAGGGUAUGCAAAUAUGGGAAGAGAUGGAAGAACGCCGUCUAAAUGGAAUCUCCAAUUUCGAUAAACAUAAAGAACUGCUACAGAAGUUAGGCUUGGAUGGAAUCUUUAGUGAAGCCUCUGAUGAAGAAAGCGCAGAACGAACAGCUAAUAUGAGUUCCCAGAUCAAUCUUUUGUGGGGUUCCUUACUGUAUGAACGCUCCAUCGUGGAGUAUAAGCUUGGCCUACCGACCUGGGAUGAAUGUUUGGAGGUUGCAGUGGAGAAAUUUGAACUAGCUGGAGCUUCUGCAACCGAUAUAGCUGUCAUGGUAAAGAACCAUUGCUCAAGUGACAAUGCACUUGAAGGUAUGGGAUUCAAGAUCGAUGAGAUAGUACAGGCAUGGAAUGAAAUGGCCUCAGUGACGAAACAGUCUUCAUAUCAGCUGGCAUCAGUUUUCAGUUUUGAUAAGGAUUCGUUUUAUGUUUCUUUAUCAGCUACAAAGUUGUCAUCUGAUCUUGAAGAAUGGCUUAGUGCUACUGGUUUAACCAAAUCUCCUGAUGUACGAGGCGUCAUUGCACCACACGCAGGUUAUUCGUAUUCCGGUCGUGCAGCUGCCUAUGCUUUUGCAAACAUUGAUCCUACUAACAUUUCUCGGAUAUUUCUGCUUGGUCCAUCUCACCAUUUUUAUACUCCAAAAUGUGCCCUUUCGACUGCAACAGUUUACAAAACUCCCAUAGGAAAUCUACCCGUUGAUGUGGAGAUGAUUAAGGAGAUACGAGCUAUGGGAAAAUUUGGAAUGAUGGAUCUACGGGUCGAUGAGGCUGAGCACAGCAUGGAAAUGCACUUGCCGUAUUUGGCCAAAGUAUUUGAAGGGCACAAUGUGAAAGUUGUACCCAUCUUGGUUGGAGCAGUAAGUGCAGAAAAUGAAGCCAUGUACGGUGAAUUGCUUGCCAAAUAUGUGGAUGAUCCCAAGAAUUUUUUCUCGGUGUCUUCUGACUUUUGCCACUGGGGCUCAAGGUUCAAUUACAUGCAUUAUGACAACACUCAUGGUGCUAUACACAAAUCGAUUGAGGCUCUAGACAAGAAGGGAAUGGAUAUAAUAGAGACAGGAGAUCCAGAUGCCUUUAAGAAGUAUCUUCUGGAAUUUGAGAACACGAUUUGUGGGCGCCACCCGAUCAGUAUUUUUCUCCAUAUGCUAAAACAUUCAUCAAGCAAGAUUAAGAUCAAUUUCCUGCGGUACGAGCAGUCAAGCCAAUGCCAGACAAUGCGAGACAGCAGUGUCAGCUAUGCAUCUGCUGCAGCCAAGUUGGAAACUUGAGUUAAAGAAAGUCGAAAACUUGGU